UUACUUCUUUGCCUUUCUUUCUCUCCACUUGAAAAUUGCUCCUCUUCCUCUUCCUCUUCCUCUUCCACCUACUGAGAAACCAGGGAAGAUGGCAAUAGUAAUCGAUGCACUUUCAGAAGCAGCCAUUUCUAAUCUGUUCCAGUCUGUAACGAGUUUGUUGAAAGACAAGGUGGACCUCAUCCGGAAUGCCAAAGUCGAACUCGAGAAGAUCCAGGAGAAGCUGGAACGCUUGCAGAAGACCAUCAAAGUCAUAGAGCGAAAGCCAUUUUUCAGCAACGAGCGCAACAGGGAUCUAGAGGGAGAGCUGAAGGGCGUUGUUUAUGAUGCACAGGAUAUCAUUGAAGAAUACCAAACCAGAAUUGCACUUUGCAAAAGGGACAAGCAUCCUAUAACUUCAUGGAACAAGGUCAAGGCGGGACUGGGAAAACAACUCUUGCAAAAAUGGUUUUUAAUGAAGUUAAAGAACAGUUUGGGAAUGCUGGUGGUGGGUUUGUGUUUCGGAGAAGCCAAAUCGUAUGGGUUUGCUGAAAAAGAUAUUAAAGGAAGUCUGCAGGGAAUCAGAAGAACUUAAGGGUAUCACUUCCUUGAGUGGUUUGUCAAAGAGCAAGUUCUUAUUGGUCUUAGCCUUUUAGCUAUUUGCUUCAUGUUAGCUUUCUCGAUUUCAUGCACAGAAGGCUGCAGUUAAAACAAGUGAUGCAAGAAGCAAAAUCCAACAACAGCCCACAAAAAAAAAAAAAUUGUUCUUCCAUCAAACUCUCAUUUUCACACAGUGGUGAAAGGUACAGUUCAUUAAGUACCACAGUAGCAAUGGCUCCUCUCUCCCUCUCUCUCUCUCUCUC